AUGGCCGGUUUGGGUGAAAAAGUUUCAACGAAGACAACAGCUUCCACGUCUGGUUCAUGGAGUCUAAGUUCCCUCUUUAAUGGAAUAACAGAGUAUCGAAAGAAACUUAACCUGCCCAAUCCGGGCACUUUUGAAAGUCUACAUCGUGAGGUGAAAGCCACAUUCAUUACAAACUACUUGUUCGACGGUGGAAGGGCCGAUCUCACCAAAGUCCUAUCACAAAAUCUCCAAGUCACACAUUCAUUCUCCAUGGGCUCGACAGUAGCCACGCCGAUGUACAACUUUGGGGCAGCCUACAUUGGAGAAAAGGCCUUCCUUCACGGCACCAUUGAUACGGAGGGAACACUGACCGCACGCAUGAAUUAUGCGUGGAAUGCAAAGAAC